AUGGCGGGAAUACAUGCCAGCUUCAACCCCUGGACGGUGCUCGACAGUAACGACCCCGGCGACGUCAUUGGCGAAACCAAAACCAAAGACAAAGAGGACGCAGCAACCGGCAAGAAGCCGGCAUCUGGAUCCUGGGUGCCGUCGUCCAAAGCCAUGGAGGCGUCGACGCCGGCUAAGAAGCAGUACAAAAAGAAGUUGCCGGCUGCCGCGGCUCGCGACCAAGCUAAAAAGAAAGGCCCUGGCGGCGGCGCCGCGAAGCAGAACGGCGCGGGAAGGGGCCAAGAACGGUGCCUACUGAGGCGGCCGACGCCCACUUUCCGGCUCUGA